GAAGAGUUCGUCUGACCUUUGAUCUGGUCCCGUGAGCGCGGCGGGUUGCCGGUGGACUUGGAAGCUGGGAUUUCCUGUCGGGUCCUGAACGCAGCACACGGAGAUGACAGCCGACGCCGGGGUCCUGUGACGUCAGAGGGAGGAAGACAACAGUCGGACAGGAACCACAACAACACUCGGACACACCUUCGCUGCUACAGGUGAUCGCAGCCUCCGAGCGCGGCUUCAGCGGCCUGACGAGCGCCGGGAGGCCGACCACCCUCCGCCCCGUCCCCUGCACCCACGCCACCGAUCCGAGCCCGACAAAUGGAGUCCCCGAAAGCAGCGGGCGCCAGCUGCAGAUAGAAGUCCCGCACCACCGUCGACGACAGAAGCGGAAAAUGCCCAACCAGAAGAGCAGCAAGGGGAAGAAGAGCAGGCGGACCAACAGCAGCGGGGACGAGCAGGAAAAUGGAGCCUGCGCGGCGGCGGCUGCGGCGGCGGCGGCGGCGGGCGGCGCGGCAGCGGCAGCGGCGGCCGCCGCGCCGCCGGGGAGCGACGCCUCCAGCGAGGGCCAAUGUGCCACGCCGCUGGGCUGCAGCAUGGGCCGACCCAUCGACCUGGAGAAGGACGACUACCAGCGGGUGCUGUGCAACAACGAGCUCUGUCCUCACGGCAACUGGAUGCACCUGCAGUGCUUCUACGAGUGGGAGAGCUCCAUCCUGGUCCAGUUCAACUGCAUCGGCCGGGCCCGCUCCUGGAACGAGAAGCAGUGCCGGCAGAACAUGUGGACCAAGAAGGGCUACGACCUGGCCUUCCGCUUCUGCUCCUGCCGCUGCGGCCAGGGCCACCUGAAGAAGGACACCGACUGGUACCAGGUGAAGCGCAUGCAGGACGAGCGCAAGAAGAAGCCGCCCGAGAGGAGCGCGGCCCGCUCGGGCAGCACCGGCGGCGGCGACGGCUUCUACGAGGAGCCCAAGAAGAGCAAGACCUCGGGCGGCAAGGCGGCGCAGAGAGCGUCCAGUCAGGAUCUACCUCGCAGACAGUCGGUGGAGCGGCAGAGCUCGGCGGAGAGGGGGGCGGGGCCCGGGGCCUGCGACUCCCCGGGGCAGUCCCCGCCCUUCUCCCUCUCCCCCACGGCCCUGCUGGUGUCAGGACCCGGGGCCUUCCGCGGCUCCCGUCAGCUCGGGGAGUUCCUCAAGUCGGCGGUCCACAUGGAGGCGCAGAAGAAGCAGCAGCUGCUGAGCAGGGCGGCGGGCGGCGCUCACCUGGAUCCGGGCGCCGUCCUCCCGCUGUCCUUCGCCCUCCCCCUACACCACCGACUGGCCCCGGGCAGUCUGAGCGAUGGGCCGCUGCCUCACCCGGUGCAGUUCCUGCGGAGGCUGGACCUCUCGGAGCUGCUGACCCACGUGCCCCGGCACAAGCUCAACACCUACCACGUGCGGAUGGAGGACGACGCCCAGGCGGGUCAGGGGGAGGAGCUGCGCAGGUUCAUCCUCUCGGCACUCAGCGCCAGUCAGAGGAACGUGCUCAACUGUGCCCUGUGCCACCGCGCACUGCCCGUCUUCGAGCAGUUCCCUCUGGUGGACGGGACGCUCUUCCUCAGCCCCUCGCGCCACGAGGAGAUCGACUACGACGUGCCGUGCCACCUGCAAGGCGCGCCUCAACUGCAAACACUGCGGGAAGCCGGUGGUGGACGUCCGCGUGGGGAUGCAGUACUUCUCCGAGUACAGCAACGUGCAGCAGUGUCCGCACUGCGGGAACCUGGACUAUCACUUCGUCAAGCCCUUCUCCUCCUUCAAGGUUCUGGAGGCCUAUUGACAAACGCUGCUCCUGCAUGCUGCUCCCCUCUUCCCCCCGUCUCUCUGGGCCUUACGCUUCGCCGGGGUCACGGCUUUUCUAUGUUUAGGGUUCCAUCUAGAUCUGUGACCAGUGAAUGUAUCGGUUUGCCAAAACAGUUGUUAUUUUUUACCAAAAACACAAAACCAUGGACGCUUGAAUAAAGCACCGACACGGACUCGGCCCGGCCUCUUCUUCCCUCACCUCACCUCACCACGGGUGGGGUGGGGUGGUGUUGCUGCCCCGGCAGGUCCGGGGAUCCAGACGGACCAGAGGAGAAAAAACUCUACUCUCUCAAUACAUCGGCUCGCUCUGCUCACAGGAAACUCCGGCUCGCGUCGGCGACCUCCUGCAGAAGGAGCUGGGGCUGUUCUCCCGGCCCGGAACGCAACUCCACUUUCAGCUUCAGAAAGCACACAGCAGGUUGGCAGUGCUGUUUGAUGUCAGGCGACGUCUCAGCCCAUAACGGUUUAUUUACAUGGAAGAAGAGUUUCUCGGGAGCGUUUGCUCUUCUCCACUCCGUC